AAAUUUUAUUGUACACAAAACCCUGUAAAAUCUCAAGAUCGAGUAAAAAAGAAAAAGGAACUUCCCGCCACAGCACCACCUUGAUAAAGUUCCAGUCCUUGCAUGUUUUGAAUACAACUCGCCAGCCAGAUGUAUGGGGACAAGUCUUGCAAUUCCGUAUUCAAUACUAUACGCAUUCCCACUUCACGCUUUCUGUCCACAAACACCUCCAGAGUUGUAUCUAAGCUUGGAGACUCCGCCGCAGAACAGUUAAGCAGCCUCUGCUCUAAAGGACAUAUCAAAGAAGCCUUUGAGAGCUUUAAAUCCGAGAUAUGGUCAAACCCAUCUCUCUUCUCCCACCUCCUCCAAGCAUGCAUACCCAGAAAGUCACUUUCAUUAGGAAAGCAGCUCCAUUCUUUGAUUAUCACAUCUGGGUGUUCCGCGGACAAGUUCGUAUCCAAUCACCUCCUCAACUUUUACUCCAAAGUUGGAGACUUGGGAGUAGCGUUAACUCUGUUUGGUCAUCUGCCAAGGAGAAAUAUUAUGUCUUGCAACAUUUUGAUCAAUGGGUAUGUGCAAAAGGGUGAUUUGGAAAGUGCCCAAAAGGUGUUCAACGAAAUGCCUGAGAGAAAUGUGGCUACGUGGAAUGCCUUGGUCACGGGUUUGACCCAGUUUCAAUUUAAUGAGGAGGGGUUGGGUUUGUUUUCGGAAAUGCACGAGUUGGGAUUUUUGCCUGAUGAGUUCACUUUGGGUAGUGUUCUUAGGGGAUGUGCAGGUUUGAGAGCAUUACAUGCUGGUCGACAGGUUCACACUUAUGUGAUGAAAUGCAGGUUUGAGUUCAAUUUGGUUGUUGGGAGCUCUUUGGCUCAUAUGUAUAUGAAGUCUGGUAGCUUGGAAGAAGGGGAAAGAGUAAUUAAAUCACUGCCAAUUCGAAAUGUGGUUGCUUGGAAUACUCUUAUUGCGGGAAAAGCUCAAAAUGGGCAUUCUGAGGCAGUGUUGGAUCAGUAUAAUAUAAUGAAAAUCGCAGGUUUUCGACCUGAUAAGGUCACAUUUGUGAGUGUUAUUAGUUCAUGUUCGGAAUUGGCAACACUCGGACAGGGUCAGCAGAUUCAUGCUGAAGCAAUUAAAGCUGGGGCUAGCACAGUUGAUGCGGUCAUUAGUUCCUUAAUUAGCAUGUAUUCAAGAUGUGGGUGUCUUGAAGAUUCUCUAAAAGCUUUCAAGGAAAGUGUAGGUGGAGAUGUUGUACUACGGAGUUCUAUGAUUUCUGCUUAUGGGUUUCAUGGACGAGUAGAGGAAGCCAUUCAGCUGUUUGAGGAGAUGGAGCAGGAAGAAUUAGAGGCAAACGAUGUUACUUUCUUAAGUUUGCUUUAUGCCUGCAGUCAUUGUGGAUUGAAGGAGAAAGGGAUUGAGUUCUUCAACUCAAUGGUAGAAAAGUAUGGGUUGAAGCCUAGAGUAGAACACUAUACAUGUGUGGUUGACCUGCUUGGCCGGUCUGGCCGUUUGGAGGAAGCUGAGUCAAUGAUAAGAUCAAUGCCUGUUAAAGCAGAUGCUAUCAUAUGGAAAACUUUGUUAUCUGCAUGUAAAAUCCACAAGAACGCAAAUAUAGCAAAAAGGAUUUCUGAAGAAGUUAUUAGGCGAGAUCCACAGGACUCGGCUUCUUACGUGCUACUUUCAAACAUUCAUGCUUCAGCUAGAAGGUGGCAGGAUGUUUCUGAGGUUAGAAAAGCCAUGAGAGAUAGAAAGGUCAAGAAGGAGCCAGGCAUAAGCUGGCUGGAAAUUAAAAAUCAAGUUCACCAGUUCUGUAUUGGUGAUAAAUCACAUCCACAAUCUAAGGAGCUUGAUAUGUAUCUUCAAGAACUAACAUCCGAGUUGAAGUUGCAUGGUUAUGUGCCUGAUACUGGCUCUGUUUUGCAUGACAUGGAUAACGAGGAGAAAGAAUACAACUUGGCUCACCAUAGUGAGAAGUUGGCAAUUGCUUUUGCAUUAAUGAACACACCUGAGGGUGUACCGGUAAGGGUGAUGAAGAAUUUGCGUGUUUGCAUUGAUUGUCAUGUUGCUAUUAAGUACAUAUCUCUAAUAAAAAACCGAGAAAUUAUUGUACGUGAUGCUAGUAGAUUUCAUCACUUUAAAAAUGGGAAGUGUUCUUGUGGAGAUUACUGGUAAGGGAGGUCAUACUGGUAGGUGUUCUUCAUCUGAUUUAGAAAUGUUUUGAGAUUACUUUCUUUUUUUAUGUCUGUAACCACAUCAUUCCCGAAUUGGGGAGAACUCUAUUUUAUACAAAUAAAUGAGAAACUUCUGUCAACAUUAACAGUAACGUGAUACUCGUUUCAUUUAAACUUGGUUUCCAAGUAGUAUGCUGUGGGUUUUUCAGGAUGAUGAAAAUAGAUAAUAUAUGGUUAGGCUGUAACGUUCUUUGUAAUUGGGUAUUUUAUGGAUAAUGUCACAAUUCUUGCCAUAGCUGGUGCCAUUUUUUUUCUUAUCUUUUGUAUGCAGCAUAACGGUAAGGAUGACCAAAUCGAAGGAAGGUGAAGACGACAUUGACAAAGUUCUUAGAAUUCCCAUCAUGAAAUUUUCAUAUGUUGACUUGCAAGUUGCAACAGAGGAUUUCAAGGAAGAACUUGGAAGUGGAGGGUUCGGUUCUGUGAUCAAUGGAGUUAUGGCAGAUAGCACAAUGAUUGCAGUGAAGCAGUUGGAUAACAGGGGCCAGGGGAUGACGGCGUUCCUAGUUGAAAUUGAUACAAUUAGGAGACUUCACCAUUUUAACCUCGUAAGGUUGAUUAGAUUUUGUGCAUAAAUUUCAUCCACGAUAUGAAUAUAUCACCUUGAGGGGUCUUUAGAAAAUUGGAUUUUCAAGAUAUUAGAGCAGCAAAUGGUCUAGAAUUAGAUUUGGAAACUCGAAAGAAGAUUAUACUUGACAUAGCCAAAGGGGCUUAUCUUCGUGAAGAUUGUAGGCAGAAAAUAAUACACCCUGAUAUAAAACCGCAUGAUAUUCUCUUGGAUGAAAUUUCAAUGCCAAAGUUCCAGAUUUUGGGCUGUCGAAGCUAAUUGUAAGAGAUGGGAAUCAAGUGCUAGGAACUCCAGGGUGCCUUGCCCUUGCCAAUAGUCACUGUUAAAGUGGGAUGUUUAUAGCUUUGGAAUUGUUCUUAUUGAGAUAGUCACAAGAGGGAGAAAUGGGGAUCGCUCAAGGUCAAGCCUAUUUACUGCAAACGUUGCAGAAAAGAGCUCAAGAGUGCCUCCCAACAGGUCUCAUCUUGUAUUAACUUUGAACUAUAUUUGGUGGGGUGCGCCAGGCCCAUGCAGUAGUGCAACACUUGGGCGACGCUCGAGAGCCCCAUUAGCAAGCUAACGUAGCGGGCCCUCCCCCUAAAGAAAUUAAUUUAAUAUCGUGUGAGCCAUUGGCCCACGUAUCAGAUAUUAAACUGAUAAGAACAGAUACUACACUUGAUCUUAGCCAAAAGGCCGAGAAAGGACCAAAUUGGAGGAAGAGGAAGGCAAUAAUCUUGUUGAGCAAGUUCUUGGAAUGGAAAUAAUCAUGAGGUUUUGAUCAAAUGAUGAAAUUGCAAGUUGCCACAGAGGAUUUCAAGGGAAAAACUUGGAACUCGAGGUUUUGGAAGAGUUGGGAGCCUACACUACAUGAAUUAAGAGCAAUUGUAUUUUCAAGAGAUCAGAGCAGACCAAUGGUACAGAAUUAGGUUGGGAAACUCGGAAGAAGAUUAAACUUAUACAUAUAUAGCCCAAGUAUUGGCUUAUCUCCAUGAAGAUUGUAGGCAGAAAAUAAUACAUUUUGAUAAAAUAAAUGCCAAAAAGUUUCUGAACUUGGGUUGUCCAAGCUAUUUGCCAGAGAUGUGAGCCAAGUUUUAUCCUUGUUGGCAACCAAAAUUAGAAAAUCAUAAAGGUGGUGAUGUGAAAUAACAAAAUACGAGAGUAGGUUCUUUAUUUCUUCCUUUUCAUGCUUACUCUUUCAAGAAAACUUAUCAAAUGCAGACAACCUAUCUGAGAUGGCAAGUCCUUCCAAUCUAUGAAGAUCUCUACGUUGAAAUUGCUUUCACUGCUCCCAAAGCACCAGAUCCGCUCUAAGUUGCCAAAGGAACACUGGAGCAGCACUUGAAGAAUUCAUUCCCCUUUUAAGUUGACUUCAGUUUUGAACGUCAACAAUUGUGUUCACUUUGGUUUUUGCCUUUCGA